CAAAAAUUUAGAGAAACACAUAAAAAAGCCAAAAUAGGAAAAAGCAAAUAGAAAAGCCAAAUAAAAAAGCCUUUGCUUUCUUCCUUCCUUCCUUUCCAUCCUCCACCUGAGCCUCUAUUAAGAUCCGAUCGAUCCUACAGCCAUUUCCCCUUUCCCUUCUCCCUUUCUCUCUUCCGGUUUCUGCUUUCCGCUUCCCUCUCCUUCUCUCGCUUCAUUCAAUUCAUAUAUUGGCGGCGGUUGGCGGUGGAUGGCAAGAACCAACAAGUAUGCCUCUAUUAACUUCAAUCAUGUUUAUGAGAAGAAUCUGACCAACGGCGGUGCUGCCAACGGCAACGGCAACCACCCAUCCUCCGCUCCAUCGCUCUACUCCACGAUCGCUUCUCCCAACAGCUUCAACAACCCCAACAAUCUCUACAAGAACCAUCUCCCUUCCGCCCGCUCCCAUGGCCGGAUGCUCGUUCUGACCCGACCCGCUACCAAACCCGUCUCCGCCCCGGCUUCCCCUUCCCCAAUUGUCUCCCCUCCGAAACAGCAGCCGACCCCGACGCCGUCUGAGGUAGCUUCCGUUCAGGAUUCGCUUCGGGCCGACCCGAAUUCGGAUAAGAUUUCGCUUCGUCCUCUGGGGCGGACCGGAGGCGGUUCUUUGGUCUCUCCUCCUGCGAUUCUCGGAACCCCACCUCCGAUUGUGGGUCAGGAGAAAGAAAGGGAGAUCGCAGUGGGAUCGCCCAAGCCGGACAAAUUCGUGCCGCCGCAUCUUAGACCGGGUUUCGUUGCGAAGCAAGAAAAGCCCGGACCCGAGGCGCUUCUUCCCGGGAGGGAAACGGGACACAGGCAGUUUCAGAAUCAGCAACAGGGGCAUGUCGGUUCUCCGGGAAGAUAUGGAAAUGAUGGGCGACCGAAUUCUGGCGGUGGUGGGUAUGAUAGGACGAGGAGAGCUGGAAGCGGCGAUGCCGAGCCUGGUCUGUUGAAUCGGCCCAGAUCCGGUGGGAGUCGACCUAGUUCCCGUGGAUGCUGCUUUUCUCCUAACAUAAAGCUCUCCAUUUCCCCCUAUGCUGAGUGCCAAGCUGCAUUAUUUCUGAGGUACGAGCUUCUUUCUGGCCACUUCGGUGAAGGAUUUGAUACUGGUUCCCCUGAUACUUUGGCCUACUACAUCAAUUCAUAAACAGACGACUGCUGUUAGAACUCGAGGAAGAUAGGAAAUUUAACCUGGUGGACACCUUCUGGAUUCCUUGACUCCCAGAGUGAUAGGAAGACCAAGUUCCAGGGGCUCCAAGGGGCUGAAUCAUCUUUCCUGCCUUCGUAAUUUGAUCUCUUACCCACCCUCUGUCGAAAACCAACUUUGAGUUCCUUUGUAGUGUUGGAAGUUCUUCUUCUGUGUUUCCUUUCUCUUUUGUUUGUUCUGUUCUGUUCUGUUCUGUUCGAAGUCGAUUGCUUAACUUUGGAGUGGCGGUAAGCUAUCUUCUGUUUAUGCCGCCCACUCUGUUACUCUUCCAGUCAUGGAUUCAAUCUACAAGUUCUUCGCAUAUGUUCGUUUUAUUAGUUAGAAGAUUCUGUGAAAUGGAGGGUUGUGUAAUGAACAGGAAGGAACAGCAGGAAAGUGUGGCUAGUUCACAAAUUCCUUCCAACCCAGAUUGUGAAAUGUGGUUUCUUCUUCCAUGGACAGCAAAUGAAUAUUGUCAUGG